AUGGUAAUAAUAAGUGCAGUAAUAUGCGAUAAACAAGGAAGUAUUUUAGUAGCUCGUCAAUAUUAAAACAUAAGCAAGCAUUAAUUAGAGGAAAAUAUUCGUAAUUUUCCAAAAUUAAUCCAACAAGACUAAUAGCAUACAUUUGUCGAAACUGAAUACAUGAGAUAUGUAUAUUUACCUCUUGAUACUAUGUAUUUAGUAUUAUUAACUAAAAAAAACUCAAAUAUAAUCGAAAACUAAGAAACAAUACGUUUAUUACAUAAAAUAUUAUAAGAUUUAUGCCCUUAAGGAGUUUCUGAAGCAAAUAUAUUAAAACGGGAUUUUGAUAUUUUAUUAUGUUUUGAUGAUGUUAUUUCAUAUGGACUUAGAGAAUCAGUUACAUUAGCCUAAGUAUAAACAUCUUUAGAUAUGGAAAGUUCUGAAGAAAAACUACAUAAUAUGUUAAUGAAAUAAAGAAUAGCUGAAUAAAAAGAACAAGCUAAAAAAUAUUAAUAAGAACUAAAAAAAAAACAACAAGAUAAAAACUUUACUUCAUCUUCUGCUUCUAAUCCUUAUGGAAGUGUCAGUAGUACUAAUUAAUCGAAUAUUAGGUUUCCUUCCAAAUCUAUAGAAGAGGUUUUAAAACCUGAUCUUUCUUCAGAUAAAAUAGAUAAUACAUAACCUGCUCGUCCAUCUUAAAAACCAACUACAAAUGCACCCAAAAAAGGUAUGGCUUUGGGUAAAAAAUAGCCUAAAAAUGAACAAUAGGAUAAAACAUAACCAAAAUAAUAAUAAGAAUUGAUAUAAUAAAUCCAAGAAGAGUCUAAUUAAUAACAAGAAAUUAAACUUAACCCAUUAAAAGCCCCUAUAGACAUCGAAAUUGUUGAAAAAUUAUCAUGUUAAAUGACUAGAGAAGGCACUUUAAACUCCUUAGAAAUAAACGGUGAAGUAUUUUUAAGUUUCUAUGACCCAAGUAAAAGUAAAGUUGUGAUACAAUUUGAAUAUGAUUAAAAUGUGAAAUUAAAUUUAAUGAAACCUCAUAUUAAUUUAAACAAAUAAUUAUGGCAAGAUAAAAAAUAAAUUGUUUUGAAAAAUUCAGAUUAAUCUUUCCCUUUGAAUUCUAGAAUUCCAUCAGUUAAAUAUAGAUAUGUGUCUAAUUCUUAAAAUGAAAUUCCAUUUAAUAUUACUUGCUGGUUUAGUGAAGGAGGUUCAAUAGCUUUAGAAACUGAAUUUAAUUAAGACUCUUAAUUUAUUAAUUUAAAAAAUAUUGAAGUCUGUUUUAAUUAUCCAUCAGGAGAAUAACCUAGUGUUACAUAGAGUGAAAAUGCUGAUUAUUAAAUAGAAAAUAAAAGUAAUCUUUUUAAAUAUAUUAUUCCUGUAAUUAAUUCUGAUGUUCCUUCUUCUAAUAUCUAAAUUUAAUUCUCAGCGAAUGUGUAAGAAGAUGAAUUAUUCCCAUUUAAUGUAUACUUUUAAUUAAGUGGAACUUAUUUAAAUAUUAAACCAUUAGCAAUUGCAAACUUAGACGAUAAUAAAAAUCUUGUAAAAUUUGAUAUUGAUAUCGUUUGA